AUGUCACAUCCGCUCGUGGCAGCUGUGUGGGAACAACUAGGUCGUCAUGAUGUCGCCAAUAUUCUACGUGAGGUUAUUGGGGAGUAUGCGACAGAGUUGGCUACCCUUCAUGUCAAGAGUGGCCCGACUUCCGAUAUCGAAUCGACCACCCGGAUGGUCUUUUGGAUCAAGGCCAUUUUUGAUUUGCAACGAACGUAUCUCCAGGGAAUGUCUGGGAUGCGUGACUGUCAUCCGUACCUUUUGCCGUACCUCCUACCAUCAGAGACCAUCUUCUCGACCCUCAUGUACUUGAUCCGAGUCAAGUCCGAGUUGUUCCCAAUUUCUAUGGCUACGACCCCCGAGUUCGCUGAGCAUAGGUAUUCGAUCGCACAGACUUUACUGGCUGGUGUUCGACUGCUCGUGUUGCGGGGGGAGAAUCUACAUACUCAUAUGAAAGUCAAUCUGGAACAAGCGAUAAGAGCGGCAUGGCAGCAUCCUGGUCUAUCAAGUGGGGAGAGCUAUUUGGUUAAUGACUUCCUACCGAGCGCAAUUGGCUUCAUCGGAUAUCCUGAUAUUUCAGGUAGCCCCCAAUCCCCAGCUGCCAAAGCAUGCCUCCCACCUUUUGUCUCCGGGAUUUACCCGUUUUCAAUCACACCCGAAACGCUUAUCACGGACACUCUGACUGCCUUGGUUGGAAGCAACGGAGAACAAAUGGGACCGUUUUGGACCUUAUACGACAUUCUAUGGGCUGCUGAAGCUGCGCUUAUCCAGUGCCACGUCGAUCGCCGUCGAUUCGCCCAAGACCAAGGAUAUUCUAGCAAGGCAGCCGUCAAGGUGGAAGAAGCAUUCGUUCAGGCAGGAGAGACACGCAAGAAAUUGGCGAGAACGAUACUGAUGGCAUCCGAUGGCCAAUCCGACUCUCCCUCCCUCCAGGUACUUGCGACAAUGAUACUAAGCCAGAAUGCCAAUGGCGCCCCGCCUCUACAGACCCGACGGACCAGAGAGGCUUGGGUUAAUUUCUCGCAUAUCAGAACGGCGUUGGAUAACUCUUUGGGGCUUUUUGUGAGGUGGCUUAUCAACCGCAGGGUUCAACUAUGGGACUGCAAUGGGGAAUUAGAGGCUGUUUCUCGGGAAUAUCAGCAGCACCUGACCCAAUGGUUGCACAACUCCUCAUCGACAGAGACAGGCAACCAAACCAAUGAGCCAGAAAGGCGAGGUAGUGUUGUAUAUGUGGUCAAUUGCCCAGCAGUUCAUCCAGUCCCUCGCGAUCUCCUAGAAGAACAGUUAAGAGGAGGCGAUAGAGCGGCUUAUGAGCAACUACAAGAAAGCUCACCCUUUAUCACAAUGGAUGUUUCCUGUCCACUAUGCCCCGGAGAUUCUAGAAUACAGAACGCUCGGAUGAUCGAGCCGCUUGAACAGUUAUCCAAUGCCUUGCAUUUUGUUUCCGAGUCCGAAAGUAGCAUCAGCCGCCAUUCUUUCCUCGAAUCAGUCUCUCGGAAUACAACCUCUCGGUCGAGCUCUCUAAGCCGCUCUACGGGACGCUCCUCCACGCCCUUGGAGUCAAGCGAUAAUUCCAAAAGCCCUACCAGCCCAAUCACCCCAAGCCCUGGGAGUAUGAGAAUAGGGAGUCGCCUGUCCUUUUCCAUGGCUCCUGAGGGUAUAAGCACGGUUCUUGCAAAUACAUCAGAGCAACUACGAGAGAAGCAGACUAUAAAAUCCUUAUCGAGAGAGCUCAAGAAUGUCAAGAUGUCGUUUUCGGGCAGAAGAUCCUCUUUGCGCAGAUCUUUAUCAAAAGAACAACGACUACCUCAUCAGCCCCGAUUUGUCUUUUCCUCGACGGGAAAGACCUUGCUUCUUUGGGGAGCGAAUAGCAAUUGGGUGAUGCGGUUCGAAGUACCGUCCAUUGUUGAAGGACGAAAACCGCAGGGCCAUAGAUACGAUGUUUCGGGUGUUCAAAAUGUUGCGGUGGGAGAUCAGCGAUGUGCUAUCGUUGCUUCAGUUGGGGAGCACCUUGAACUACUUGUAUUUGGAAGCACUGGUUCCACCGCGGAAGCGUACUUGACGAUCGAUAUUCCGCAACGAACCCCCUCCAUCACUUCUAUGACCAUGUCUCGCGACGACGAAUACGUUGCGUUUACACUUGGAGAUCAAUUCCAUGUCUACCGACUUGGAGCAAAUAUGAUUAAAAAGGUCAUACUCGCCGACCAAAUAGGACCGUAUCCCAAUCACGGUUCACUAUGCCAAUCUAACAUGGCCCCUAACGAAAAGGGAAUAAGUCAUAACGCUGUAAUUCAACGGAAACUCCAGUUUUCGGUGGAUGGAAAGAGUUUGGUGGUUGCAACGCAUCUCGGAGAUUAUCACAUUUAUACGGAUAUAUGGGACUGCACUGUUGAGCCGUGGAGUAUUAUUUCCGGACGUUCGAGGUCUUUCAAGCUUCCAAAUUGGACAACGAACGACGGCGACCUCACAAGCGUAUUCUAUGAUGUCUUUCACCAAUCUGUCUUCCUAACAGCCUUUCUUGGGAAGGAAUAUCCGAUUCUAUUCUCUACAUCCAAGGAAAGAAUGAUGACUGAUCCGCACAGCAUCAGAGUUGUCCAUGCAGCACAGUCUCCAUCAGGCUCCCGGUUCGCCAUUGUAAAUGGCAUGAACGAAAUCUAUAUCUGCAAUUCCAAAUCCAACGGAACACUCAACUCCUCCCGGCUAAAGAAAUCCACGGCCAAAUUAAGUUCUUCCAUCUUCAAACCCGGAAAAAUGAUAUUAUCCUUCCCACAUGAAAACGAAGUAUUGGCGUUCUGGGUGAAGGAUGGGAAAUUAAUACUGCGAUCCACUAAAGUACACGAUGGCAGUGAAACAAUCAAUGACUACGACUUAUGGUCAGAUUUCGAUCAUCUGGUGGUUGAAAAGCCGUCGACUGCGGGGCUGCACCUCCAGCCGCGAAGACAGUCGUUCCUGUCAACUCAACAAAUUGCAGAAAUGGGAGGCUCUCCAUUUAUACCUCGGCCGCAGUUGCCUGAGUUGCCGUCGGGAGAUUGA